GCGAUCUCUCUCAGGCCCCCAGUGCGGCAAGUCCGAGUCCAAGUGCGAGACACCCGCUGUCGACGUCGACCAGACCUCUCCCGCCGCGUCUCCGCACCACGCUCAGCGAGCCCCCCAUGCCCACCGUCCCGCCGACCUACGUCCCCAUCGCUGCCUACGAUGAGGACGUGCCCCCCGUCCCCGGCGCCGCUGCGUUCCCCGUCUCUGCCUUCCUCGACCGCGACCGCGACGAUGCCGCUGCAGGGCCCACGCCCGACCCGGAUCUCGACGACUUUGCGUUCGUGCCCAUGGAGAGCGGCAACGCGGUGACUGAGACCGGGCCCGACCGCCCCCCGGCCCUCUCCUUCCCCUUCCCGCCGCGCACGUCCCGGUCGCCCUCGCCCUCGCACACGCCGCCGCCCGCGCGCAAGCCGCGCCUCUCGCUCGGCGCGCUCUCCCUCCACUCGCCCUCCGCCCUCGUCGGCACGCCCUUCGACCUCUCCCCGCGCUUCGAGUACCCCUUCCCCGCCUCCGCCUCCGCGUCAGCCGCCGACGCCGACGCGCACUACCCCUACCCGUACCCGUGCGCCCCCGGCUGGGCGGGCUUCCCCGUCAGCACGAGCCUCCCGAACCUCGCCGUGGGCCCCGCCUUCGCGUAUGGGCACCCCCACCCCCCGUGGGGCCCGGGCUUGCCCAUGGGAAUGGGCGUGGGUGCGGCGCAGAGCUCGAUCCACGCACACCCGAAGAUGCGCGUCCGCGAGCCGCCGGUGCCGCCGGGGCUCGUGAAGAAGCGGAGGCUGAUGAGGGAGCGGGAGCGGGAGCAGGAACGGGAGAGGGAGAGGGAGAGGCAAAGGGAGGCGAGUGCGAGGAGGGCUGCUUCGAUGGGGAGUGUGGACGGGGGUGGUGCGGUGGACGACCGGACGCCGAUGCCGAUGCUGGAAGAGCGACGACCCUCCGCUCCGCUGCCCCUUCGCCCUACGCUGGACACCGACUCUGUGCCCCGGAGGGCGGACCUCGACAGGCGGGAGAGCGACGAGACAGUCGUGGGUGGCCCGCGCGAGCGGGGCGGGGAACGUGGAGGUGGAUGCGGGGAGGCGGAGGACGCGGAGGUUGUUGGUGCGGUCGACCGAGUCGAUGCGGAUGCCGAGCGGGGAGGCGUCGACGUGCCUCGGGGGGUCGUGCGAACUGUAGGUGAGGCUGUCAAUGCCGUGGGCUAUCCUGGUAUCCCGACACACGACGGGACCGACGCACGAGAGGGAGUGUCGUCGCAUACACUCCCCUCUGAUCUUAUGCCCGCCCCCGCCUUCCCAGACAUUCACGCACCCUUAGACUCCCUCCUCCCGCCUCCAACCGACAUCGACAUCCCUGCCGCCGACACCACCAACGCCGACGUCGCAGUCCCCAUGAUCCCCUACCCCACGCCCGCGCUGCCGUCGCGCCACGAGCAGAUACACGAGUCUUACGAUACCGCGCGCGACACGACACACACGCUCUCCGAACGCGACAUACACGACUCCGCCUACGACCCCGCCCCCGAACUCAAAACCCCGGAGGUCGCCGCGCCCAUACACGACGGCGCGCGGCCUCUCGGCGAACUUCGAUUCCCCGCUGCUUCUGAGCAGCUCGACGGACCCCGCAAGGUGCUGGCUUGAAUCGUGAUGCGCGUGCCUGUCGUGUCUCGCGCCGUUGCGUUGCGGAGCCUAUCGUCAGUGCGUGUCUUAUCUGCCGGUCGUCUUCUGAAUCUUCAGGUUAGUUUU